AUGCAGCAAAUACGGUGCGGUGAGACUGCUCCUCUUGGACGGAUAGCUGUGCUAACGUUUCCUGACAAGGGUAAAGGACAAGAAACCAUGCCGACUGUUGUUGGUAUUAUGGGUCGUUCGGUAGAAUCGCUCAGGUUGAUACUUCAAUCUCUGCUUCUUCUGGAGCCAUGGCUCUAUGACCCCUACACCCUUCCAAUCCCUUGGCGACCUGAGAAAGAGUAUAAUGCGCCGGAUGAACAGCAGUAUAAGCCAGCUUUCGGGUUCUUGGCAAAUGACGGUGUGCUAACCCCCCACCCACCAAUUUCGCGUGCUAUGGAGAUGGUGAAAGAGGCUUUGCAACAUAGAGGACACCAGGUUUGUGGUGCUUGCGGGUGUGUGAUGUCGGCUAACCAUUGCAGUUGA